GGGCCCAAGGCGCAGGACGGAGAAGGCCCUGCGGUGUUUGCGAAGCAGCAGUCGGAUCUUGUCGUCGUCAGAGUCCGGGUCCAGAGGCUUGUUGUACUCCUCGUCCUCCACCUCGUUCUCCGAGGUCUCCCCACCUUGCCCCACAAGACUAGCCUGCGUGGAGCUCGGCUCAGAGGCGCUCUUCUUCCGCCAUUUGGAGCUGUGAACUGCUGUUUGGAACCCAGCCGGCAUCUGGAGACUCAUAAAGUAACUUAACAGAGGCUUCCGCCGCUGACUGUGGUCUGACAACUACAGCUGAUCUGACACUGAUGGAUUUCAAGAGAGGAGAGCAGUGGCUGUAAUCCUCAUGGCUUUGGUGCAAGGUUUUCCUCAUACUGGAUUCUUUUGAUGCGGGGAACAAGAGUUUCACCAUAACAGAUCACAUGCAGUCUCAGCACCGCACGGAAACGGUCGGGGAUCAAAAUGGCUCCAGGAUUAACUUCUCCAGAGAGCCUGAAGUUUCCUCUGAUCAGCAGCAGAUCCUGACAUCUCCAGAGCUGAACCAUGAAGUGGUCAUCUCACCUGGACUUCCCACACCUCCACUAAGCCCUUUUCGCUCAGUGGGGCUGCCAUACACAGAGAUGAAGGUGACGGAUGUGAAUGGAAGUGGAUCAACACCUCUGAGCUUUGGAUCUUACUAUGGCCCCUCUCAAUCUCCAGCAGGAAGACUGUCCAAUGGCGUCCAAAAUUGCUCCACGUUGCCUCGCAGCUGGACCCCCAGCAGAGAGGAGAGGCUCAUCAAGUUCUCAGGAAUCGGUCCUGUAGAUGAAACUGGGAUGCCCAUUGCCUCCAGAUCAAGCGUGAACAAACCCCGAGACUGGUACAAGAGCAUGUUCAGACAGAUUCACAAGAAGCCAGAGGACCUGGAGGAGGAAUCAGAGCGGUGGUCAGCUGAACCAGGACUCCAGUCAUCUGCCAACACUGAAGAAAAUAAUGAAGCAGACAAGAAUUUAUUCAGACUAACACCCUACGGAGCUCUACCCGACUGGAGUGAGGAUGUAGAUAAGCUAUCAGACCCGGGAAAGCAGCACCCUCAACCUAAAAGCAUAUUCGACUUUGAGCCUGGAAAGAGCAGCGCUUCAGAGAGCCACAACCAGGCUCAUUUACCCCUGAAGAAACAACCUGAGAAACCAAAGUCUUCCAUCGAGGCCAGUCUUGUCUCUGAGCUGAGUCAGUUUGAGGCUGAGCUGGACUCGGAGAUCCAAGGCCUGGAGAGGAAACUGUCCCAAAUGAAGCAGCAUCAAGGCCGGGGUGAGGAGGCCAGAGGCAGGGAUACAGUGACUGCUGCGAAGGCUGGGACUUCAAAUUACAGCAAUCCACCAGCAUCAAAGCAGCCCGUCCACCACUUCUCUGGCACGCCACCAUCAAUCUCAGCUCCCACAUAUGUAGAACGUCUUUCGCCUGCAAAUGAAACCAUGGAGCUCCCGCCUAAGAAAGAGGAGAAAAAGAUGAAAGCAGCGCGUGCCAAGUUCAGCUUCCAGGCUCAGUCGCCAAAGGAGCUAACGCUGCAGAAAGGCGACAUUGUUUACAUCCACAGGCAGGUGGAUGCAAACUGGUUUGAAGGAGAACACCAUGGAAGAGCUGGCAUUUUCCCCACAACCUAUGUGGAGAUCCUUGCUCCCACAGAGAAGCCAACACCAAUAAAGUCUCCCACUUUCCAGGUGCUGGACUACGGGGAAGCUGUGGCUCUGUUCAACUUCAACGCUGACCUACCUGUUGAGCUUUCUUUUCGUAAAGGUGAGGUGAUCAACAUCACCAGGCGUGUUGACGAAAAGUGGUUAGAGGGACGGAUCACAGGGACCAGCCGGAGUGGCAUCUUUCCGGCCAGCUACGUCCAGGUCAACAAGAUGCCCCGCACCAGAUUCUCCUCAGACGACUACUCACCCGGCCCCAUGUCCCCUGUUUCCCCUGGACCCCAGAGUCCAGGACGUCCCCUCCACUCACCCUGCCCUCGCUCACCACUGUCCCCCUUCACCCCUACCUCCCUCAGUCCCAAACCCGGUCACUCCCCGCUUAAUCCAUCCUCACCUGUACCUUAUGGCAGCCCAGCUUCACAGUCACGCUCCCCCACCCAGACACCUGUAUCCAAAGAGACAGCCAAUCGGUGGCCUCAAAGCACCUCCAAACCUGUUUCACCCACCAACCAGAACAGCCACUGGGCAGGGACACACUCCGCUAACGUGAGCACCAACAAUCGAGCUGUUUCACCAUCCAAUCAAGCGUCAGCAUCUGCACACAGAGCUGGAGCGUCCACUGCCAACACUCCCAGAUACACUGACCCUGCUCAGGGUGCAAUACCAAACCAGUCUGCUCCACACGUUAACUCCCUGCCGCACUCUCCAGCGCCAAGCAGCCCCGGGUCUGUUGCACAACGCCAACCAUUUAAAGCUGUUUACAACUACAAACCACAGAAUUCAGAUGAGUUGGAGCUCCGAGAAGGAGACAUCGUCCAAGUGAUGGAGAAAUGUGACGACGGCUGGUUUGUAGGUACGUCAGAACGGACUCGUGCUUUUGGAACUUUUCCUGGGAAUUACGUGGCACCGGUUUGACCUCCUCACUUCCUGCCUGCCCACAAACACCUGGACUCACAUGAGACCGAACAGUCACUUAAACUCACUCCAGCAGACCCUGCACUGACACCACAGCCUUUCCUCAUCACACCCACCCAUCACACACUGAAAUAAAUUAGUCCGAUAGCAUGUUCAUGAGUGAAAGCAGGGAAAUGGAAGUGGUUUUUCACCUCACCUCCCUGCAUGAAAGCAUGAGUGUGUGUGUGUUCCACUGAGAGCUGUGGAGUGCUUUCACACACACCACAUUAGAGGAAGGAAUGAAUGCUGAUGAUACUGUUUCAGAUGCAGAGAAUGGGCUGUUUUGUUCCACAACUGUUUGCAGAUGUUGGAAAUUUGCAUUCCUUCCCAGUGAACAGCACAGAUCCUUACUGAUACAGUGUGAUCCUUUAUUCAGUUCUUUUUUACCACCACAGAACCACUGCCUACAGUUUUUGAAAAAGAAUGGCAAUUUUUUUUUCAUGGCAUUUCAAUUGAUUAACAUUUCCUUCAACUAUCUUCCUCAGAUUUUCUUUCAGAUCUGUGAAAAUAACCGAGACAAGUGUGAGGAAACGACAUGAACACCUGUAGACAGUAAAGCACAGUAAGGGCUCAGGCGUGUCAUAUUAAGUUUACUGCCUUUCAUUAGACUAUGCAGAAGAGCAAAUAUAAUGAAUGCAUGUUGUGUUUUCUAAAGCUUUUUGGUACAUUUGUCCCUCUAAAGCCAUGAACGGCAAAGCCAAAGGUGAAAGCAAAUGUCCUGCUGUACUAUAAAAUGCUUUGAUCUGACAUUAUAUUUUAAACCUUUGUCAAUCUGAUCUGGUAAAUGUCUCCACAGCCAAUAUUUGGAUGAUGUUUUGAAGUAUUUGAAGUACUGCUGUAUGUGCCAAAUUGAACCUUUUGUGCAAUCUGAUCUUUUAAAUCCUCCACUGAACAAAACCCGCUCACUUAAUAUUAACUACAUUUGCUACUGCUGCUUUUAUGGUAUUGUCUCUGCUUCCUGGAUUAACACGUUAACAGUAUUUCUAAAACCACUAACAUGUUUUUCUGUUUUAGUUCAGCCCUUAACAGCUGUGGCAUUUCUAAGCCUGAUAAUGAAACACUUAUCAUGAAGUCUUAUCAUGCAAUUUCAUAAUAUAUAUCUAUUGUUUCGCUGUAAAAAUGAAUCGUAGUAGACGUAGGAGAUGAUUGUACAGAUUGUAACCUUUUAUCAAAUUGAAAGUAUAAUAUAUAUUUGCUUACAAAACAAUGUAUCUCAUGUAUGGUACGCAUUUUUUAAAGCAAUUAAACAUUACAGAGUGAGACUGAGAGACUCUUGUGCUCAUGUCUUCAUUUGGUAAAUGCUUUUCAGAUGUUAUUUCAAUAACGAGGGGAAUAGUACAUUGACAUUUACUUCAGCAUGCCUGUAUUUGUACUGAAUCUGUCAGAUUUACAACUGACUGGUUAAAUGGUUACCAAUUAAUACAUCAAUAAAGAUCAAACACACCUAUUCUCACUAA